UUUUUUUUUAUAAGUGAUUGACAAAGUACAUGAUUGACAAAACAAUAGGAACAGGUUAGAAAUUUUAUGAUAAUGUACAUGCAGUUUUAUAAGAUAACCGCAAAUUAAUACGAUACUUUAGUGGUCCGAGAUAAAAAGUAUGAACUGUUUAUUCGUUGGUUAAAUGACAAUAAUUUUCCAAAUACUAAAUUGACAUUAGCUAAUUUCUCAAAUACGGGUCGAGGUAUGAUGGCUACAGAUGAUAUAAAGGCAGGAGAAGUGAUAGUUUCAGUACCUCGCAAAUUUUUAAUUACAGCAGAUAGUCUAUCUAAAAUGUAUCACUUUGAAAAAAGAAAUCAUCAUGCCUUAAGUUCACAUCAGUUACUAUCUCUACAUUUAGUUCUUUUAAAACGAGACAAACAAUCAUGGUGGAAACCCUAUAUAGAUCUCCUUCCUUUACAUUUUAAUACGAUGCCUGUCAAAUAUACACAAAUGCUUAUUGAUCAUCUUCCUAUAUCAUUAAAAGAAGAAACCUUGCAGCAAAAAGAGAAUAUACAUAACGAUUAUCUUGCUUGCAUUCAAUAUUUAAAAUCAAUUCCUGAUAAAGCUCAUUUAGCUGAAUCGAUUCAAUUUGAUGAAUAUGAAUGGGCGUGGUUAUGUGUUAACACGCGUUGUAUACACAUGUCAAUUAUGGAUCAUGUAACAAAGGGUGGAAAUAUUGCUUUAGCUCCAAUGCUUGAUUUUUUAAAUCAUACAACAGAAGCAAAAAUUGAAAGUGGAUUUAAUGUAAAAAAUAAUUGUUUCGAGAUAAAGACACUUACAGACUACAAAAAAGGGGAGCAAGUAUUUAUCAAUUAUGGUCCACAUGAUAAUUCAGCUAUUUUAAGAGAAUAUGGCUUCGUUUUACCUGAAAACACUUAUAAUUUUGUUUUACUGGAUCAUGAAGUAUGGGAGGCCUAUAAAAGACUAGAAUCAAAACGAGGAUUAGAAAUCAAAAAACAAAUCUUGGAAGGAGCUGGUUACUCUGGAGAUUAUUCAAUCAAUGCAAACGAAAUUUCAUUCAGAUUAAUGGCAGCAUUAAGGUUAUUAGCAUUGAAUGGAGCAACUGAGCCAGGCUUUGAUCGUCGUGUAAUGGACUGGCAUGAUGUAGUUAUGGGUCAGACUGAUAUCAUAAAUAUAGAAAACGAAAGAAAAGCAUUGAUCAUACUUCAAAAUAUAUGUAACCAAUUUUCCAAACAGGCAGAACAAGAAAUGAAGUUUUUAUCAAAUAUUUCAGAAGAAUAUCCAGAAGCAGAAUUUCAUCCAUUUGCUUUAUAUUUUUCGCGACAAAUUUGGAAAGAAUCUUAUGAUAUUGUUCAACAAAUAGUAUUGGAUUUGUCAGAAAAAUUGACGAAACUAUAAAAGGACAAAUCAUGUAUUAAAUAGAUAUUAUUCCCUUUGUAUAUAAAUCGUGUUUUUUUUUGGCUUUUUUUU